ACUUCGUCAACGCGUCACGGCUAGCAAAUCCAGAGUCUAGAGUACCACUGGACCUUUCUUGUUUUCUCUCUACACUGCAACAAAAUGGAUCGCUUGCCAAGCCAAGGGAUAGGUGCACCACAAGAUGGAGAACGCGCGGAGCGCAUCGCAGAUCUGAUUACCGAGCUGUCCGCCCGCAAGAUACGAUACAAAUUGACGCGCCAGGAUCCCAGAUGGAGUAUAGCCGUUGCUGGAUCUCGAGGCCGCAUCUUGAAAUCAAUACGGAGGGAAAUAAGGAAGUUAUACCGCAUGCUGGACAAAGAAAUACAAGGGUUCUCCCAAGCCUGGAACUUGCGAUUCGGCAACAUGAUUCUGGCGAAAUGCCCGCGAGAAAUUAGAGACGUGGUUUACGGCUACCUAUACGAGGCUGUUAAACCGCUACCGCUGGUACAGAAUAGCGCAUGCACGACAGGGACCGCACAUCCCAUGAUCCAGAACUUGUGUUUACCUCACUAUAUGGAUCCCAACUACAUGGGUGUCCAGUUUUCUCGGGAGAUGGCGGCAUUCUGGCACGAAAAGACCAGCUUCACGAUCUACGACUAUCGCCUUCUCGAGUUGUUCAUCAAGCAUGAUGUCGGACUGCUCCACCAUCUUGACCCCCGACUGGCUUUUCCGCCCGCAGUACAUAUUCGCCGCUUAGACUUACACCUUUUCUUUGACGUCGAGAGUCACAAAAUCACUAAGGACAACCGAGAACGUCUACAAGGCUCCAGAGAGGCGCUCCGACAUGUCCUAAGCAUCGAACGAAAACCCAACUUUCAGCUCACUCUCGUCAUGCACACGACGCAUCGUCGCUCUAUUAAGCACUAUCUGAGAAAUAUGUUCCCGUUGAUAUAUGAGUUCAAACGGGCAGGGAUGUUGGUGGAUGUCCGGGAGGUUAGAACAAUGGCGGGUUCGAAGCCUCUGACUACAGAUUGGACGUACCGAUUCAAGUGUUCGGAAGAGACUUGGGUCAAGAGAGAGGCUGCACGUGUCAGGCAGAAGAAGAACAGGAAGAAGAAGAAGAGUACCGAGAGCUAAGACCCCUGCUUAGAAAAUUGACCGGUCAACAGGGGGCGGUGGAGAUGGUCUCCUUUUGACUGUGACUUUUCUAUUACA